UACAUACCAAUGCGGAAGACGUGACAGAUCGGAAAACCCUACAGGGGAGGAAAAAAACGAACUACUGCAAAUUGGACAAUAUAAACUUUUAAACCGAUCUCUUAUUGUAGUGAACACCGCAGUAACCGUCAUCAUGAUUCUUUUGGAGAUAAAUAAUCGGAUCAUAGAAGAAACAAUAUCUCUCAAAUUUGAGAGCGCAUCCAACGGGAACAAGCCUGAAGCAGUAGAAGUCACAUUUGCAGAUUUUGAUGGAGUCCUCUACCACAUCUCCAACCCUAAUGGAGACAAGACCAAAGUCAUGGUCAGCAUUUCACUGAAGUUCUAUAAGGAGCUUCAAGACCAUGGAGCAGAUGAGCUGCUGAAGCGGGUGUAUGGCGAAUUCCUGGUGUCACCGGAGUCAGGCUACAAUGUGUCCCUGCUGUUCGACCUGGACAACGUGCCGGCCAACAAGGAGGAGGUGGUGCACCAGGCGGGCAUGCUGAAGAGGAACUGCUUCGCCUCCGUCUUCGAGAAGUACUUCAAGUUCCAGGAGGAGGGCAAGGAGGGCGGGGAGAGAGCCGUGGUCCACUACAGGGACGACGAGACCAUGUACCUCGAGGCAAAGAAAGACAGAGUGACGGUGGUCUUCAGCACAGUUUUCAAGGACGAUGACGAUGUCGUCAUUGGAAAAGUCUUCAUGCAGGAGUUUAAGGAGGGUCGUCGUGCCAGCCACACAGCUCCCCAGGUGCUGUUCAGCCACCGAGAGCCUCCCCUGGAGCUCAAGGACACCGACGCAGCCGUGGGAGACAACAUCGGAUACAUCACAUUCGUUCUGUUCCCUCGUCACACCAGCGCCAAUGCCCGGGACAAUACCAUCAACCUCAUUCACACCUUCCGAGACUAUCUGCACUACCACAUAAAGUGCUCCAAGGCCUACAUUCACACACGCAUGAGAGCUAAGACCUCUGACUUCCUAAAGGUUCUGAAUCGCGCCCGUCCUGAUGCUGAGAAGAAGGAGAUGAAGACUAUCUCGGGUAAGACCUUCUCGCGCUAAAGGAUGCAUGUCCCGACUUGAAGAUGCACGGGGGACGUGACGAAACUCGCCAUCUGCAGCUCCAUGCCUCACUGGACUAGAUUAAAACUCCCUCUGUCUCUCUGGCCAGUGCUUCAGAGUCUCCGCAAGAGAAUAAAAAAAAAAAUCAUGCCUUGCGAGGGGACUCCACACAAUUUGUUGCUUUGCAUUCCUAGGAUAAAUAUUUGAUGCAAUUAUAAGACGAUAUGAACAAAUGAAUUUUUUGAUACAGUACUAUAUGACCUUGUAUUCCAUUUGGUACUCUUUUUUUUCCUUCUUCUUUUUCUUCUUUGCCUUGCAUUCUUUUUUUCUUAUCUUAGACGGUGUUUUUUUUUGUAUUUAACAAUGCAGUAUUCACCAAACUUGCUCCUCUCUCAUCCUGUCUGCUCUUAAUCACUUGUCCCGUUUUUGCAAUCAUGUGAUGGUAAAAAAAAAACAAAUAAACCAGUCUUGUUACAAAAACCAUAA